AUGUCCUCGUCAUCUUACGAAAAUUGGUCUAGAGAAGAGCUUAUUGCUCAUAUAAAAGGACUCGAAGGACGAACAAAUGCUGCCGGAGAGAGAGACAAAACUGACACAGGAAAUCCUUUAUCAGCCUCUCCUGCUCCGCAAACUAGCCAAUUCGACUUUGCCUCCCACCCUCGCCGCAAAAUCGCGCUAAAGUUUUGUUAUUCUGGAUGGGAAUACAACGGACUCGCGUAUCAGCUGAAACCUACGCCAUUACCAACUGUGGAAGGUGUCAUUUUCGAUGCCUUGACGCGGGCAAAACUCAUAGAUCCAGCUGCAGGUUAUGAUGGCUGUGGCUGGGAGAAGUGCGGUCGAACAGAUCGAGGAGUCAGUGCAGCUGGACAAGUUAUAUCGUUAUGGGCAGGAAUCCCUAGCGCGGCUGCAGAAUAUAAACUGGACUAUGUCGCCAUUCUCAAUCGUAUUCUUCCGCACACUAUCCGUAUAUUAGCUUGGUCCCCAGUCUCCACCACGUUCUCUGCUCGCUUUGCGUGUAAAUGUAGGCACUACAAGUACUUCUUUUCCUCAGAACAUCUCGAUAUACCCAAAAUGCGAGACGCUGCUUCCCGAUUGCUAGGGCUGCACGAUUUUCGUAACUUGUGCAAACUGGAUACAGCAAAGCAGAUCACUGUGUUUGACCGCAAGAUCCUGCGUGCAGACAUAGAUCCGGUAGAUCCCUCUACCUCCACUAAUUCAUCUUCCAUGUAUGUUUUGAACCUCGUUGGAACUGCAUUCCUAUAUCAUCAGGUACGCCACAUCAUGGCUAUACUGUUGCUCGUCGGUCGAGGACUAGAGCAGCCUUCUGUGGUCACAUCUUUGCUUAAUACUCAAGAAGGUGCGGAGCAAUCCCGUCCAGGAGAAUCACUCGCGGUCGUCGACUCCAAACCGGAAUAUCAAAUGGCUGACGCACUCCCGCUCAUGCUCUGGGACUGUAUCUACUCUGAUGAAGACGUUGAUUGGCGGAUAGAUGGGCAUGAGCCUGAUAGCGAUCAGUCCAACAGCUCCACAGAAGAUGGAAGAGGCAUAUAUCAUCUUCUCCAUUCCAUCCAAUCGCGCUCCGCAGUUUAUCUGGCUCUCAAUCAGCAUUUCCUCGACGCUGCCUCGCUGUUCUUCCCAAAACCAUGGGCAACAACUAAAGAAGGCAUUAUGGGCAUCCGAUAUGGAGGACGCGUCAUGAUCGAAGCUCCACUGGGCGCAGGAACCUCGAGGAAGCUACAGCAUUAUGUUCCUUUGUUGAAAAGAAAACGGUUAGAUCCGGUUGAUGUCGCGAACGAGCGCUGGAGGAAUGGGAAAGGGUUUCGAAGAGAUCAGAGAAAAAUGGUGGCUACCAUCGAAGACGAUAGUGUAAUAGGUUGA